AUGUCUUGUGGUUGGGAUGACAUUUCACCUAGACUACUAAAAGUAUGUAGAGGAGAAUUAGUGAAGCCUUUGACACAUUUAAUAAAUAACCCCCUCUACCAUGGAGAAUUCCCUGAUCUUCUGAAAAUCACUGAAAUCCUGCCAGUCUAUAAGCAGAGAAGAGAAACUGACAUGGAAAACUAUAGGCCAAUAUCAUCAACUUCUGAGCUUGGAAACAUUAGAGAAACCUUUUAUUUGUUGUUGUUGAUGGGUGUGCACCACACAUCAGAGGCUGCUGCUCAGAAUGUUAAAAUGGUAACAAAUCCUAAACAUUACAUGUAUUAUCUUUCCAAACCAAACUAUGGACAUUCUACUGUAUUUUCAGAAAAUCAAUUAGCAUUUAAAAUGAAAAACAGCAAUGUUUCAAAAAUAAAAAUGUGUGAUUUUCGUUAUAUUGCAGACAAACCGAAGAUUUUUAUAAAGUCAUUAAAUAAAUGA